AAAGCGGAACCCGCUGGCACUGGGGAAAGCUUCCAACACACAAUCCACAACACAGCUUGGGAACUCAAAAGCUACAGAUCCAGCCACUCAACUCAAGCAUUUCAGAAUCGUGUGCAUUCUCCCAGCACAAGAAAGGAAAGGGGGGGGCGGGGGGGGGGGGAAGCCAGUGAUCGAUUUUUAACAAAAGAACUAGAGUACUGAAAGGCAGAAUUUAAGAGUGCAACUACCUGCUGGAAAAGGAGCUCUUUUUCCUCUCCAAAGCACUGCCUUUGAUGUAUGGCAACUGAUCACUGAUCAGAUUACAGGCAUUUGGUCUCAGUGCUCGUCUGCCUUUGAUCUGCAUGGUUAAUUUUAUUUUCCCGGAUUUGGAGUUUCGUCUGGGCUUGUGCUGACAUACUUUUUUUUUUUUUUUUUUUUUUUUUUUUUUUAAGGCGGUAAAAGCAUUUAAUACAGAAGCUCUGGCAGUGUGAAAUUAAGCUGCAGAAAGCCUGGGCACUGGAAAACUUCAUCAGAUAACAGGAGAAAGGUUUAAUUGUAAGAAAUGGAUCCUAAAGGAUUACAAGGAGAAGAUAAACUGAAGAUGCUCAUAAUUUUACUAGCAUAUUUGCUAAGUAGGGUAAUUUGUGAGACUGGAGAUUGCAGAGAGCAAGAAUUUAGGGACCACACUGGAAACUGUAUCCUCUGCAAACAGUGUGGACCUGGAAUGGAACUCUCAAAGGAAUGCGGCUUUGGAUAUGGGGAGGAUGCACAGUGCAUGACAUGCAGGCCAAACAGAUUCAAGGAAGACUGGGGCUUUCAGAAGUGCAAGCCUUGCCUGGAUUGUGCAUUAGUUAACCGGUUUCAGAAGGCCAACUGUUCUGCCACCAGCAAUGCACUCUGUGGAGACUGUUUACCAGGAUUUUAUAGGAAGACUAAGCUUGGAGGCUUUCAAGACAUGGAGUGUGUUCCUUGUGGUGAUCCUCCUCCUCCCUAUGAGCCUCACUGUACCACCAAAGUAAACCUUGUGAAGAUCCCAUCAACUGCUUCCAGUCCUCGCGACACUGCUCUAGCAGCUGUUAUAUGCAGUGCACUUGCGACAGUGCUCUUAGCUCUUCUUAUUCUUUGUGUUAUCUAUUGUAAGAGGCAGUUUAUGGAAAAGAAACCAAGCUGGUCUCUGAGAUCACAAGACAUUCACUACAAUGGCUCUGAAUUGUCAUGUUUUGAUAGACCACGGCUAAAUGAAUAUGACCACAGAACUUGUUGCCAGUGCCAGAGAAGCACAUCACAGACAUGUGGACCAGUUCACUUGAUUCCAUCACUGUGCUGUGAUGAAACCUGUAGCAUGGAGCACAGCAGUCAUAGUUGUGCUUUCCACUCACAGACUACACUUAAUGAAAGGGCUUCUGAUUCUGUUGGAGAAAUGAUUCCUACCUUCCUUGGUUCUCUUUCACACUCUACCUGUGGAGACAUUUCAGAUGCUUGGCCUCUUAUGCAAAACUCAGCUUGUUGUGACAGCAUUUCUUUCUGUGAAUCAUAUUCAGAACUGGCUGGAGGAUCUGCAAAAUCCUGCAGCCCUGAGACUGAAGAUGCAGCCACUGUUGAGUUGGAUAAUAACCAGGAACUAAGUGAUGUACUUAUUUCAGCUAAGUCUCUUGAUGGAAAUGUUGCAAAGCCCUUUGAAAUCUCCAAACAUAGAACAUGCAUAGAAGUUUCAUCACUUCAGAACUCAGUGGCUGCUGAAACCCAGCCAAAGACAAAGCAUAAUGGAACAGCAAAUGACUCUACAGACUGAUAAAGAGGAGACCAAGUUAUUUCUCUCAGCACUAAAGCUGAAUGCUUCCCUUAUGCUCCUCUGCUGAUUCUCAUCAAACUUAGUCUGGUCUUCAAUGUUGCAUGGUUUCAAAAUCAGCUGGAAAAAAAUGGCAUCAUUUCACACCUUCUGAGCAGUUGCAUCUGAGCUGUAACAGCUGUAAAGUGAAACUUCAAGGAGCAUCCUAGGAGAACCCUGAAAGUGGAUUUAUGACCUUUUGCAUCUCUUUUAAAAAAAGAACUUUCUGUUCCCUCAGAUUCUCAAAAAGUCUAAUGGAGUGAGCUUAAAAGUAUAUGUAAAUACAGCAAGAAAUAUAAAUACUUCAGUGUGUUUAGGUGGGUAUCUUAAAUAUGGCUACAGAUGUCAGAAGGCAUGGGACAAGAUGUUGCCAGUUAUUCUGCUUGCAGAUUUAUGCAUGCAUUAGGAUUUUUUUGGCUGGUUCUAAUUUUAAAUCAGUUUCCUGCUGUUGAAGGACUUAAAAAAUAAACAUUUCUAUUUAUGCAAGGAUCAUCUAUCAAUAAACUGAAGCUUUUAUUAUAUAUUACAUUAUAGUCAAUAAUCUAGUUUGUGGAGUUAAAGAAUUUGCAUGUUACAAUAUGUAUGGUUGAAGUCCCCUCCAUCCAAUUAUUACAUUUGUGGGAGGGGGCAUUGUUUUGUUAAAUAUAGCAGGAGAUUAGCUUUAAAUUAGAUUUAGUUUAAUGAGAGUCAGCCGUAUAGAUAGGGAUGUUGUAUUUAAUUGGUAGUCUCAGUAUUGGAAUACAGCACUUGUUGUUAUAGCGUGUAAUUUUUGGAUGUUGAAAUAAAUGUAAUCAACUGUCAUAUCAAAAUGUCAAACUAUAGCAGGUGUGCCAUGAAAGUAUUCAUACAAUGAGACUAUGACUAAUAAUUUUUAGUAAUGCAUUAUGUUUAAGGGUCAAGCUUCAUGGUGACCUAAUUCGUUCAUUUAGCAGGCCUUUUCUUUUCAUUCAUGUCACUCUCUCCUUCUCACUGUAGUAUUGUGUAAAUUCAAUUUUUCCACACAAAAUAUAAAAAUUAAUUCAUAACAUUAUUUUUAAAAAAACCUGAGUUGAAUCCUCAAAGUUGCGUGCAUGCCUAGUAAAUUACCAUGUCUCUGCCCUCCUUGCUGUUCUUCCAAGAUUUUUUUAACUGCAGUUUGUUGCACCACAUCCCAUAAUACCAUUUGUUCUGCAGCCAUUUUUAUCCCUAAAAUAGUUUUCACUUCUGUGAGUAAUCCCAGUAACCUCUACUGAUUCAUUACAUUCAACAGGCUCAAACUUGUCAGUGUGAACUCUAGCAAUUAUUCUUUAAAGUACCCAAUGUGCCUUGACAAAAGUAAAGCAAUCAGCAAAACAAAUGCAAAUUUGUAACAAAUAUUACUCAUCUUUCCACACACAGUUUGUGUGGCAAUGGAAAUGUUGAGACAGUAUUCAUAUUCCAUAAUGGAAAAAGACUUUUCGCUUUGAAGCACCCAGUAGAAGGUUGAACCCGCACAAGAAUAGCUAAAGCCAGUAUAGGCAGCCAAGGCAGCAAGAUGCUUCAGCUAAAACCAGUGAGAUUAUUCUCACAGUUUUGCAUGUGUGCAAAAAUCAUGAAUAAUAGUUACCAAAUUCAAACGAAAGUGACGAAAUUAUGUAAGUGAUUUUUUUUUUUUAAAGCAGUAAAUACUACCAUUUGGUCACUGACAGAAUAAUACGCAGUUAUACAGGGAGUACAAUUACUCAGCUAAAUACUUUGAAGUAUCUAUUCAAAUAAGAGUAGUUUUGAAUACUUUCUUUGGAUACUUUCAUACAUUUAAGAAGUGACAAAAUGUUAUUUUUCACUACAUGUGCAUGAAGAGAUGUGUGUUUCUUUGUAUAUACUUUGUGAAUAGAAAAAAUCCAAUGUGCAUUUCAGUAUAUGGCAAGAUAUUUUUAGAACAUACGGAGAUUUAACUUUUCACUAAUAACAGUUCUUUAAAACGCUAUGUUCAAAAGUUUUGCCAGCAUCUGCCACAGUAAGUAUGUUUUCCCAUUGGAAUUUACACUUUGUAUAAUCAUUUUUGUCCGGCAACUCUAGAGAAAAAUACUCAUUUCUUUAAAUGAGUCACAGACAGCUUGAGAGCAAAUUGGGAGGAAAAAAUGAAGAGAGUGCUUUUUUAAUAUAUAUGUAUAUUAUGUAUAUACUUUUUUCCUUUAUUUAACCAAAUUGGUCUUUUUUAUAUUGCCUGUGGCAAGCAAUGUUGUACAUGCCAAUAGAAAACAUACACUACCACCGCAUUUAGACUGCCCACGUAUCAUGUCUAGGGACUUACAGAGCUGUUUUAAAUACUCCUUUAAGGAAUGUAAAUUAAAAUCUUGUAUAAAUUGUUUUGUAAUACUUUUUCUACUUGUGAAUAAAAUGUUACGUGAA